GGCACGUCACCACUCGACAUCUGGUGACUGUUUUGAAGAAGGCGGAAGUGUUCACCGAAACUGUCAACAAACGAGGUAACAUACUAAAAAAUAAGUGUCUUAAGAAACGAACUUAAAGUAUAGCGCAUACUCCAAUAAUUCGUGGAGGGAGAUAUCGCAGAAUCUGGGCAUGGAUUCGAUCGAGUGCGCGAGGAGGUGGAAGAACCUGCACGACAAGUUUGUUCGGCAGCGAAAGGCAAUGAUGGCCAAAAAGAGCGGGGAUCCGGGUGGGGAAAGGGUCCCACCUUUUUACAUUUUUAUGUCCUGGCUGGAGCCUCACGUAAAGCAUAGGAAAACAUCUUCAAAUUUCCCUUCAGAGCAGGCACAGUCAUCACAGGAGACAGACUCCAGUUCUGGUCCACCUUCGCCCACUCGGACCCUGGAGUCAUUGUAUGCCUCCCAGCCUGUGCCUUCCACCUCAGCUGCGCUCUCUGUGCGCUCUACACUGCUGUGCCCUGUGCCCCCUGCCUCACCAACUGUGACUGUAUCUACAGCACGUCUGCCCCCUGCCUCACCAGCUGCGACCGAGUCUCCAGCACGUCUGACUCCAGCCUCACCUGCUCCGUCUGUGCGGCCAGCGCCCCAGCGAGUGGUGGCCAGACACUGCAAACGCAGGCGCACAGAGGACUCUGGUCUUCAGCUGGACAUACAGGCACACUUGGACCGACUGGUUGAAAGUCGGCAGAUGCUGCAAAGCAGUCUGGUGCAUGAUGACUGCUCUUCCUUUGCAACGCUGUGUGCGGACCUGUUGAGUAAGAUCCCAGAGGGCAGAAGGGAGGAGUUCACGAGGAACCUCCUCAAUCAGGUUUAUGAUGAAGUGGCUCGGGUACAGGCAGAGGCACGGGCACAGGCCUGACAGGAUCUGUAUUUACAUUUUUUACACCAUGCCACUUUAUUUUCAUCUAUUUACAUGUUCAGAAUUUAUUUGCAUUUUCAACAUUGUCAUUUGCCUUUUUAAACCUUAGUUAUACAUUGGUUUUUUUUUGUUGUUAUUACUGUUCUAUUUGCCUUUUUACCCCUUGCCACUUUAUUUCUAUUUUCAUCUAUUUACAUGUUCAGAAUUUAUUUGCAUUUGCAAUAUUAUUUCCCUUUUUACACCUUAGUUAUACAUUAUAGUUUGUUAUAUUUUGUUGUUACUGUUCUAUUUGCCUU